GACGCAUUCGACGGUGAGCGCCAUCUCGGAGACUGCAGAGGAGGGGGCGGCACAGCCGCCCGUGCGAGGCGAGGCGCUGUCGAGGGUCGCCGCUGCCGCGGCGCUCGACCCGCCGCCAUUGCGACCCUCGUCCUCGGAUGGCGACGUGAUGGCGCUGCUCGCACAGGUCAGGGAGAGCCAGGCCUGCCUCGCGCGGGGCGUGGCGCUGCUCGAGGCGCGACUCGCGGCGCAGCCGGCCGAGGGGCCGCGGGCGAGCAGCGCGUGCUCCUAUCACUGCUCGGGCGCGAGCCGCAGCGACAGCGAGGAGGAGCUGCUCCACUUUGCUGCCACUAUCGAGGCACGCGGCGGGAGCUGACACUUUCGUGACAGUGCGCCGGGAGAGCGGGCGACUCUGGUGCGGGUGUGCGUGUGCACUCUCGUUUUCUGGGUUCGAGGCGCUGGGCUCGCAUCGAUGGAGGUCUGCAGCUUCUUCGGGCGCACCCGCGCAGAGGCGCUCGAGCGUCGAGGUGGAGAUCGCGCGCCGGUCGCUGGGACACGUGUUGCACUGCAGUGUGCAUCUCUCGCCUCUGCCCACCACGCGACUAGGCGCGUGUGGUUGCUGGGAGAGACGGCCCCGGCCUGGCGUGGGUUGUUUGCAUGGGCAGAAAAGAAGCAAAACGCAGUGUGCACACGUCCACGCAAUUUUGUGCAUUUUAAGUUACAUUCCUUGAUAUCUAGUCACCGAGGAUUGAGUCAUGCACACA